AUGGUUUACAUUUUAGGAAAGGUGCUGGAGCAUGGGGUGCCACAGUGGGGUGACGGGGAGAGAAUUGUGAUUGCACACUUUGUCAAGGAUAAAGUACACGAUAGGCUUGGUGUCCUGAGACCAAAGUUUCCAAACCAGCGGGAUUUUCUGAAUAGAGUGGGGGCAGAGGCUGCUGGGCAAGGGAGAAAAACCAAGAUGUCAUCUUGGACUCAGAGAAAUUUGCCACCGCAGGCAUCUGUGAGACUUGCCAAUGUGAAGAAAGUUCCUUCCAUUGCACAACUUGUACUGGUGACCACAGCUGGUGUCGCCCUUGCCUCCUCAAAUCACAUCAGUCAUUGCCUUUUCACAAAAUCCAAUUUUGGAACAGGAAGUGCUUUGAAGAUGACACUCUUUCUGCCCAAGGAUUUAUAUGGUGCAUGGGCCACGGUGGAAAGUCUUGCCCUUGCUACGGAGAUGGACAAAGAUCGAUAUCGUGAACUCAUGAGAGUGUCUCGACUCUGGCAUGACUUGAAGAACUGUAAAUGGUUUGGAUUUGGCCAUGAUGUGGAAGCACCCCCUAGUGCAGGAGAUCUUGCUCUAUUUUGCCCUUCUUGUCCGCAGCCAGGAAUCAAUAUGCCUAUUGUUUGGGAGCAGAAGUAUGAAAGGCAAGUCAAUUCCAGCAAUGGUUGUCUGCCAGACUCCGGCCAGUACCUACAGUGGCUUUUUAUGAGAAGAUUUGUGGUAGAUGGAGACUUUACUGCUCAGCACAUGAACAUGCGACAACCUCAGCUUAACAUCUUCCUCUCAGAUGGUUUAGGUUAUAUGGUAACAGACACAGAUUACCAAGCUCACUUGGCUUCAGCUACGGAGAGUAAAGAGGUGAAUCAAGUUGCUUUGCAUUAUUAUUCUAUUUGCAAUGCCAUUAAGCAUGCUGCUGGCAACAUUGACAACUCCCUGAUCAUCUAUGAUGUGGGGUGCCAGUGGAGCCUUAACUUCGCUCAACGAGUUGACAACUGCCCUGGCUUGGCACUCCCAGACAACACCGAGAUUGUGGCUGCAGUGGGGAAAUUUCACUUGAGCGCUCAUAAACUUGCCUGUUUUGCUAGAUACAGCUUAAACUUCAUUCAAGGAGCUGGGCAAGUUGAUGGGGAAAUUUUGGAGACACUUUGGGCUCCCUUUAACAAGAUAUCUCCCACGGCAUGUUCUAUGAGCCAAUCCCAUCGUCAAGAAAUUCUUGAUGAUCAUAUGUGUAACUCAAAUUGGAAGAAACUUGUCAAAAUAGUUAAGACGCUCUUGAGAAAGUACAAACAGGCCAACAAGGGCAUUGAAGACACUAGGGUGCCAUUUGAAGAGCUCACAGGAUCUUUGGAUGUCAUCAAACUAAAGAUAGAUAAAGAGGAUUCACAGGAUGCACUCAGAGUAGCUAUUCGGCAGCUUCCAAAAGAAGCAUCUGCGGUUCAAAGGGCUGCAGUUCAAGUGAAACGACAAAAACUGGCUGCACGUAUUUCAAAAUUUCAUGAAAUUGCUGAUGCUAUGACAGAGGGCAUUGAAGUCCAUGCAGAUGUGGUAGAGGAAGUACCGGAGGCUGCAGAUAUUGAAGAUGUGUUGGAAGAUAUUGAUGAGGAAGUUCCUGCAGAAGCCAUGGGCAUUUGGAUGCCAUCUUCAGUGCCCCGAAAUGAGGCUUUAGCCCUGGGCUUGCAUGCUCUGCAAGCUGAAGAACUGGAGUUACGAAAGGGUCAAGCAAAUGAUUGCUUGGAAAAGUUACGGCAGGCUCUUGGUCAUAAAGCGAUAAUUUACUGUCAACAUUUCCAAAGCGCAGAUUCCACAUGGACAGGAACCAGGUCAAAGCAGGAGGCUUUACAAUGUCAUAUCAAAAUAGAGAAGGCAAGGGGUUUGAUGCAGAGACUAGGGGCUGAUGAAGAUACUCUGAGGACGAUUUAUCAAGACAUUCAGCCACACCAGCUCAGUGUGGACAAGGAAGUGACGGAAGAGAACAGAUAUGGGCAGGGAUCAGACAGACUGGCUUGGUUUUGGAGAGUCAACAAUGGUCAUGAUACACAGGAAGAUGUGUGGAUGGAUGAAUUGACAGGUAUUAGUCUACAGGGUAAAUUAGUUGAAAGCUAA